AUGACUACUGUUCCGUGAGUUGAAUAAUUUUGAGCAGGGAAUUCGGAUUCUUGGUCCAAAUGGAAUAAUUUUUUGGGAUUUCUGGACAAGAAUUUAUAAGUUCUCAGACAUCAAUGUAGUUUCGAGAAAUCUAACCAAAAUCCUUUCAGUGAUGACCCUCGAACUGCUUCUCCGGCCACUGCUCAACUGCCACAAAAAGCAUUUCUCGAACAACUAAUCGCCGAAUUCGAAAAAUUGGUCGAAAAGAUAACAGAUAUGAAGGCAAUCUCACCAACUUUCAAAAAAUCACUUCUAACAGAGUAAGCUUAGCCUUCUAAAUCAAACACAUAUGAAUUUCCAGACUUUAUGUUUGUCGAACAAUUUUAUUCGCUAGUUUCACUUUAGGAGUUCGUGCUGGUGGACUUUCUCUAUUUUAUACACCAAUUCGUGAAAUCUUUGGUUAUUUCAUUCUUUUCCUUCUAACUUAUGGGUUAUUCCCAAUAAUUGGAUUGAAUAUCGCGUAUGCAUCUUUCAAAAAACACAUUACCGAAUCGGAAUUCAAAGUGCUUAUAAUAACUUGGGCAUUUUUUGCUGGUGUUUUCUCAAUUGCGAAUAAUAUUCAUUAUUCAUUGGGUGAUUAUGGAACACCAACAUAUUUUAUGCCGAUUAUUGUUGGUUUGACAUUUAAUUGGAUUGGUGAACAAUAUUAUAAUGAUCGUCGUAGAUUGUUGACAAUCAGUGUUGGAAGUGCAUCAGUGGUUUCGCUUAGUUUACUAUUAGUUACUGGUAAGAGGAUCGCAUCUUAAAAUCUAAAAAAUCACUAUCUACUCAAAAUUUCUUUCAAUUUUCAGGCGGUCUCUCAAUCGCCACAAUCUUCUCAGUCAUUCUUUGCUCAUUGAACGCAACAAUCGCUCUUCAACUUUUAAUCGCAGAUGUCAAUGAGAAUGGCGAAAAAGUAGUUGCACCAUUUACUCAUGCAAUUGGUGUUAUAAUGCUUAUGAUCAACUAUUUGAUUAUCACAAGAAUCUUCGGAAAAUACAUUGAGAAUGCGUCCGAAAAUCAUGUUCAAAAUUCAGCACCUCUUCACUCAAUUUUCUCGCAAUGA